GCAAUGAAUUUAAAUUUAUUUUUUUUAUAUAAAUAUACACAUUUAAUUUUUGUUAGUUCUUAAUAAAUAUUUAGUGAUAAAAUGAGUUCUGUAGUUAACUGGAAUCCGCGAGAAGUUUCUAUUUGGUUGGAAAAAAAGGGUCAUAGUAAAUAUUCUCAGCAACUUACUGAAGAGCACUGUAUCGAUGGACGAGCUCUUUUACUUAUUAAUGAAACAGACUUAAAAAGUCCACCCAUAAGUAUAAAUAUCUUGGGUGAUAUAAAACGUUUAAUGUUAGAUAUUCGUCAGUUAAAAGUUGAAAAUCGACAGACGCUUUUACAACUUGGGUUUGACCCUAUAUCAUUACUUACAAAACCUGUUUGUGGUUCUCAAGUUUAUGGAACUCAAUUUCGACCUGAUCCAUUCAAUUAUUAUGAUGAUAUUCAUAUGAAUCAUGGAUCUGAUGUUACAACGGCGUCAUCUCAUAGUUCAGAAUUUGAAGAAGAUAGACGAUUGAAACCAGAGAUAUGGAAAACUCUCAUUGCAAUGGGCUAUCUUUUUACCGUAACAUGGAUCACAGCAUUUGUCAUGGUAAUUGUUCAUGAUCGUGUACCUGACAUGAAAAAAUAUCCUCCAUUGCCUGAUAUUUUUCUGGAUAAUGUGCCAUACAUUCCUUGGGCAUUUCACAUGUGUGAAUUGACAGGCACAGUUUUAUGUUUUGUAUGGCUUACAGUAUUGGUCUUCCAUAAGCAUCGUUUCAUAUUGUUACGGCGGUUUUUUGCGCUCUCGGGUACUGUCUUCCUUUUACGAUGCAUUACAAUGAUUAUCACUUCCUUGUCUGUACCGGGCACUCAUUUAGAAUGUACACCCCGUAAAAAACCAGCAUUUUUAGAUGAUGGGAAUUUUAUUGGAGAUAUGGUGUAUAAAAUGCAACAAGCAUAUGUAAUAUGGAGAGGAGCUGGUAUGUCAAUACAAGGAGUUCGCACUUGUGGUGACUAUAUGUUCAGUGGACAUACAGUCGCAUUAACAAUGUUAAACUUCUUCAUCACUGAAUAUACCCCACGUGACAUUUAUCUGUUACAUACCUUCAGCUGGCUUAUGAAUAUGUUUGGUAUAUUUUUUAUACUUUCUGGUCAUGAGCACUACUCCAUUGAUGUAUUUAUAGCUUUUUACAUUACAUCAAGACUCUUCCUGUACUACCAUACACUUGCAAAUAACCAAGCAUUAAGUAAUAAUGUUGAUUCUUGUCGAACACGAAUUUGGUUUCCCUUGUUUAGUUUUUUUGAAUCUUCAUGCUGCUGUAUGGUACCAAAUGAAUAUGAAUCAAUAAUAGAAAUUGCAGAAAAUCUAGCAUGUUCAACAUACAAUAAAUAUUUAGUUAUUAAGUCAGCAAUCAAGACUCAGAUUUUUUUACUACGGUCCCUACCAUCUAACCAAAAAACACAAAUUGGUUCAUCUACUUUAGUUGGCACAAGCACAAUUGGAUCCAGAACACCGAUUAUUUUGCAUAAAAAAAAAAGAUAAUGAGUUAAGAACACUCAAAUUGGUGAAUUAAUAUAGCUGAUAUUCAUAACCUCAAGCACAGUGUAUAGUAAUAAAACAUUGAAUUUUGUGAUAAAAAGUUAAUAUUUUGAAGACUAAGAGUCAAACAUAAAUAUAUUUUGUUACUUUUCUUUAGUGUUUAUGAAGUUGUUCUUAGAAUAACUUAUCGAUCACUUCCAUUUUGUAGGUAGUGUUCAUUAUUUUUCUAACCUAUACAUGAUAUCCCUACUACUUCAUUUUUAUUUAUAAGACCAAAAAAAUGACUUGUUA